AUGUCGUUCCAGCACUCUGUCGAGCCUGACGGAUCAUCCAAUUAUUCCUUAAACUAUAGUAUGGAUAAUGAACAAGUUUCCGAUCUUUUGUUGACUUCAAACGCACAGUACGAACAACUUCAAGAUAUGGAAGAUGUUUCCUCAUCUAAUGCUUCAACUUUCCACCCUGUAGUGACAGCACCCGUGACUGAUGUUACAAAUGAUGAUCAUCACAAUUAA